AUGAUGUAUGAUGGAGGCUUGUUCCUCUGCCCCGCGGAACCCGAUAAACUGCAAAACGUUUUGGACGCAGGGACAGGAACUGGCGCCUGGGCAAUGGACUUGGCCGACGAACAACCCCAGGCUCAGAUAGUUGGUGUCGAUUUGAGCCCGAUUCAACCUUCAUUCGUCCCUCCCAACGUCAGGUUUUACGUUGAUGACCUCGAAGACCAAUGGACCUUUUCGACCAAGUUUGACCUCAUAUAUGCGCGCAUGUUGACUGGCUCCCUCUCUGACUGGCCCAAAUUCUUCAAACAGAGUUAUGACGCUUUGCAACCCGGCGGAUACAUUGAGCUCUCAGACAUCAUCUUCCCGCUGGAGAGCGACGACGGCACUCUCCCGAAAGACUCUGCUCUCAACCAGUGGGGUGAACUUUGCAACAAGGCUGCUCAUGUUUUGAAUCGUCCUCUCGACUCUGCCAGGCUCUAUUCCAAACAGCUCGCCGAGGCCGGAUUCACAAACAUCACCGAGAGGCACUUCAAGUGGCCUCAAAACCGCUGGCCUAAGGAUCCCAAGUACAAGGAGCUCGGCUUGUGGACUUACGAGGAUAUUGGCAAGAACGUUGAUGGUUUGAGUGUAGCGCUGUUUACCCGCGGUCUUAAAUGGAGCCCGGAGGAAUUUGAAGCGUUCCUUGUCGACGUUAGGAAGCAGAUGAAGGAUCCCAGGAUCCACGCCUACUUCAACAUAUGGAUCGUAUAUGCCCAGAAGCCCACUACCGCAACCUGA